AUGGCGAAGGCUGAUACUACUAACGAGCUUAUUGAAGCUCUAGAGGGCCGCGUUGAUGGGUUGUUUGAAGGAGAGGAGUUCUCGAACUUGGUUAGUGGUAUCGUGACAAGCAUGGGUUUUACCUCUUCUACUGCAGAGACUAGUGUCGAAGCCCCAAUUGGGGAUAAGCCCGAUGAUGCCGAGAUCGAGAAGAAUGGCCACCAGAACGAUGAGCAGGUUGGCACAGAAGUUAAGCCAUCUGGACGUAACCCAUUUGCUCAGACCAUUUCAGUACCACCACAAGGAGGGUUCUUCUCCACUGGGGCCAAGGCAUCCAAAACAACUUCAGUCCUCAAGCCAUCCGCGACUACGUUCACUCCACGGUCACCCGCAUUCACGUUUGGGGUACCCAGCCCAGGAUCUAAGCCCAUCUCCACGGCCGGGAUAUUCAACCCUUUUUCUAGUCAGCCGACGACCCCUACCACACGAACUGGCAACCUCGACUCGCCCAAGAGUGAGUUUUUCGGAGGCACAAAACCGGUGAUCGGGAACGCACACCAAGCAGGGAACAUUUUCGGCCAUUUGGUAAAGCCGGUGCAGUCUGAUACCGAGACUUCGAGCGAGAGCGAGGAGAGCAGUGUAUCUAGUGACGGCAAGCCCGAAGCGCUUGGUAGUGGUUUGUCCUCUAUGAAGAAGCCAGAUACCAAGCCCUCGAGCGAACGGGGUGUUACUUCGGGCAAGAAGAAGCCCAACAGACCUGACAGUGUUGACAGAAGCCAGUCAAAGCAGUCAAAUGGUAGUCAACCGCCCAAAAAUAAGGUACAGGAUCGCAAGCCAACCAUUAUCGAAGACCAGAAAAUUGAGGGAUUAGAGAUGACCGAUAAGAUGAGGGCUGCUCAAGAGAAGUUGGCCAGAGCGAGGGCUAUAGAAAAAGCCCAAGAUCAGGCUCACAAGAAACAGGGUGGAAUGGGGGUCAGUAAAUACAGCACUACACCCAAGACGACGACGGCUAUUCCUCCUACGAAUCCUACCUCUUCGGCCGGCGGAGAACCGACAGGCCAAGAUGAAGAGGUGAUAGAGGGUAUGGACGAUUUUACCCAAGAAGAACUCGAUGACCUUCAUCUCCACGAUCCAGAUAGGUAUUACCGGCUCAUUGGGCAACGUCGCGAAGUGAUGAAGGCCGACAACAAGAAAGAUCUGGAACAACAUGGGGGGAUAGUCAAUGGUCGAAAGAGAAUCGAGGCCUAUGAGGGGAAAAUCGAAUUCCCAAAGGCUGGUAGACAGGGUUACUGUACGAACGGUGGAGAGUGCAAGCUCGUCUCAAAAGGCUGCCCAAACAGGCAUUGCGAAGACUACUGUGGCGUCGACAAAGACGGGAAGAAGUAUAAGGAAGCGAAAGAUUGCCAGGACAUGUUGUGCGUCAAGUAUCAUCCGGGUAAAGAUGGGCACAUCUUGAGGGAUGCCGCUCAAAGGAGGGCUGCUUCUCAGAGUGCUGCUCAGAACACCACUCAGCCAGGUUCCAAGCCCCCGAGCGACGGAAAUAGUACAUCAAGCGGGAUGAUUACCACACUUUCUACAGGUAAGUCUUGGGUUGAUCAGAUGGACGACGACGCAGAAAUCGAAAGAGAGCAAGCGGCUAAACUACAGGCAGUUAAAGUACAGGCGGCCAAGAAUCAAAGCUCUCCGCGUCCUCCUCAGCCUGCUCCUGCGCCAACCACCCGGCCUACCCCUAACGGCUCCUCCAAUGCUCGGGCGUUCCGGGCACCAGACGCCAAAGGCUUCUGGGAGGUGGCAGCAGGUAGUAGUAAAUUCAAGAAGACUGGAAAGCCUCCUCGUCGGAGGUAA